AUGGAGACGAAUAUAAGUCUACUGCGGCUUUAUCGAACCCCCCUAAAUGGUGGCACAACAGUGAAACCAGCAAGAAAGUAUUCGUGUCCGCAAGAAGGGUGUAGAUGGAAUCGUAAGCAUGAGAAGUUUCAGCCACUGAAGUCGAUGGUUUGCAUGAAGAAUCACUAUAAAAGGAGCCAUUGUCCGAAGAUGUAUUCGUGUAAGAGGUGUCAACAGAAGCAGUUCUCUGUGCUUUCGGAUUUAAGGACUCAUGAGAAGCACUGUGGGGAUGUGAAAUGGCGGUGUUCUUGUGGGACGACGUUUUCAAGAAAAGAUAAGCUCAUGGGUCAUGUUGGUUUGUUCAUAGGACAUACACCUGCAGAUGUUGAUACAAGUUCUUCGAACAAGAUUCAAUGA